AUAGAAGGUUAGAUCUUUUUGUGAUAUUCUCUUAUUACGUCAAGAGUUCUCCCCACUAUGGUGUCUUGUCCUGUUACCUUACACUGUUGCUUAUCCGAGAGUAGGUCGGCAUCGUUUUAAUUCAUUUCUGCUAUGAAAGACGUUGUAUCAUGCUUUCGAGAUAACUGUACAUAUAAAGAUAGGAAAAAAAAGAGGCAAAACGUGAAAAUGAAAUAAGAUCAUUCGUGAACAUGUUUGCGAGAGUAACGUUUUAUCCUACCUUGUUUUACAACAUCGUCAUGGAAAAGAUCACAGCUCGAAAUUGGUAUGAUAGAAUAGAUGAGACUGUCAUACUAGGCGCUUUACCGUUCCGAUGGAUGACGAAGCAGUUAAUCAAUGAUGAAAAUGUUAAAGCUGUUGUAUCGAUGAACGAAGAUUACGAAUUGUCUUUGUUGUCUAAUACAGAGAAGGAGUGGAACAGGCACAAUGUGGAGUUUCUGCAAUUAGCCACAACGGACAUUUUUCAAGCACCUUGUCAAAAAAAACUACAGAAUGGUGUAAAUUUUAUCAAUAAAUUUUGUAGCGUACCGAUAAGGAAACUAAAUGAUCCAGGUGCUGUUAACAGUUAUGAUCGAAAUGGCACAGUUUACGUUCAUUGUAAAGCAGGAAGAACGAGAAGUGCGACACUAGUUGGGUGCUACUUGAUGAUAAGAAAUAAUUGGACGCCCGAACAAGCAGUAGAUCACAUGCGAAGCAAAAGGCCGCACAUAUUGCUUCAUACAGCACAGUGGAAUGCACUAAAGCUGUUUUACGAGAAACAUGCAACUAUAAAGUUAUAAUUAUUUCAAGAGUUACGUUUGGAUGUAUUGCGUGCUAUUGUUUAACAUACAUGUAUAAAGGAUUGCCCAAAUUAAUUUCUAAUUGAUAUUCGUACUGUUCUGUUAUUUUGCCGUUGCAUACAGAAUGUCUGUGUGUUAGAGGGAGAAGGGGAAGAGGACAGGAAUCAAAGUGAUAAAUAUGAGUUUAUCACUGCCAACAUUUUAGCAUAUCAAUUAUGAGCUGAUGAGUGCUCAUUAAUGUUUGUUAUUGAUGGAU